GAGAGGCCGCCGGCGCGACGGAGGGCUGUGCUCGACUGGGUCUCCCUGCGCAGUCGCCCCGAGCCCUGCGCGACCCCUUCGGGUACACUACGGAAUUGAAGUUUUGAAGGAUGGGUAAAGACUUUCGUUACUAUUUCCAGCAUCCCUGGUCUCGCAUGAUUGUGGCUUACUUGGUGAUCUUCUUUAACUUCUUAAUAUUUGCGGAGGACCCAGUUUCUCAUAGCCAAACAGAAGCCAAUGUUAUUGUUGUUGGAAACUGUUUUUCAUUUGUAACAAACAAAUACCCUAGAGGAGUUGGCUGGAGGAUUUUGAAGGUGCUUCUAUGGCUACUUGCCAUUCUCAUAGGACUAAUAGCUGGCAAAUUUCUGUUCCAUCAGCGUUUAUUUGGUCAGUUGCUCCGGUUAAAAAUGUUUCGAGAAGAUCAUGGCUCCUGGAUGACAAUGUUUUUCAGCACAAUUCUGUUUCUCUUCAUAUUUUCUCACAUCUACAACACGAUUCUUCUAAUGGAUGGGAACAUGGGAGCAUAUAUCAUUACAGACUAUAUGGGCAUCCGAAAUGAAAGUUUCAUGAAAUUAGCUGCUGUAGGGACCUGGAUGGGGGACUUUGUCACAGCUUGGAUGGUCACUGAUAUGAUGCUUCAGGACAAACCCUAUCCUGAUUGGGGAAAAUCUGCAAGAGCUUUCUGGAAGAAAGGAAAUGUUAGGAUCAUUCUAUUCUGGACUGUUCUUUUUACCCUGACUUCUGUGGUGGUUCUUGUCAUUACAACUGACUGGAUCAGCUGGGACAAGCUGAAUAGGGGAUUUUUACCCAGUGAUGAGGUUUCCAGAGCAUUCCUUGCUUCUUUCAUCUUGGUCUUUGACCUUCUCAUUGUGAUGCAGGACUGGGAAUUCCCGCAUUUCAUGGGAGAUGUUGAUGUAAAUCUCCCUGGAUUGCACACACCUCACAUGCAAUUCAAGAUUCCUUUCUUCCAGAAGAUUUUCAAGGAGGAAUAUCGCAUUCACAUAACAGGUAAAUGGUUUAACUAUGGAAUUAUCUUUCUUGUCUUGAUUUUGGAUCUCAAUAUGUGGAAGAACCAAAUAUUUUAUAAACCUCAUGAAUAUGGCCAGUAUAUUGGUCCAGGGCAGAAGAUAUACACAGUCAAAGACUCAGAAAGUUUAAAGGAUUUGAACAGAACCAAGCUAUCCUGGGAAUGGAGGUCAAAUCACACUAAUCCUCAGACUAAUAAAACAUAUGUUGAGGGAGACAUGUUCUUACACAGCAGGUUCAUAGGGGCUAGCCUUGAUGUCAAGUGUCUGGCUUUUGUUCCAAGUUUGAUAGCUUUUGUGUGGUUUGGAUUCUUCAUUUGGUUCUUUGGACGUUUUUUGAAAAAUGAACAAGGCAUGGAAAAUCAAGACAAAACUUACACUCGCAUGAAAAGAAAAUCUCCAUCAGAACAUAGCAAAGACAUGGGAAUCACCAGAGAAAACACACAGGCCUCAGUUGAAGACCCAUUAAAUGACCCUCCUUUGGUUUGCAUCAGGUCCGACUUCAAUGAGAUCAUCUACAAGUCUUCACACCUAACAUCAGAAAACUUGAGCUCACACCUGAAUGAAUCUACCAGUGCAACAGAAGCUGAUCAAGACCCAACGACUUCUAAAAGUACACCUACGAACUAGAUCCACUUACUUGGAUAUAGCACAAAAACCAAUCUUGAGUAUAACUUUAAAAAGUUAGUCUUUCUUUUUGUAAAUGUAAGGUUUACGUAGUGUUAGGUAAAGGAAUACUAACAAUGCCACAACGGUGCUCAACAUGCUUUUUCUAGGACUCAUUGUUUUCUAUUUGUAUUAUAAUACACGUGCCUACUGUAUAUUUGACAGUCCUCUAGAGAUUGCUUUUCACAACUGCACAAGCUAUUUACUGACUUUACAGCAUAGUAGAUUAGCUGACUACCCAUGUAUCUGAUGUUCAACCAUAGUGGUGCCUUGAGACAUUAAACUGUUUUUAACUCUACCAGAAAUGAAGUGUGGAACAGUUCUCUAACCUAUUUCACAAGGGUUUUUUUUAUACACAAUUAUUUGGCCUACACUCGAUGGCUGAGCUGGAAACAGAUAUGGCUAAGAUGUGGCUCAGGAAGUAUCUCUUGAUUUCCUAAAGCAGCAGAGUUGGUGACUUUGACAACAGGACUGUAGAGAACAUGAUGAUUACCUUUUAAUGUUGAUUGGCUGUCUGCCAAAUACAAAUAUAGAUGCAAAACUCAGUUACACAAGAACUCUAAUCCAACAUGGGUCACUACUCAUGAAAUGUGACUUUCUCCAAUCAGAAAUUACAAUUAGGUGAUAAUACCUAAUUAUGUUUUCCUAAUUAAAGAUAAAUUGCUACUUGAUUAAAAAUCCUGCCCUUCACCUUUGGGAACAAAGGUUAAGAGGCAUGGUUGGGUGAGCUCUCAAAUUUAUUGGCAUUUACACAAAGCCCUAGACUACCAAGGAACUGAAGUUUUAAUUAUGUGAGUUACACAGUUCACGAUCUACAAUAUUUGUACAUCUUUCUGUAAAUAUGGCUCUGGACAGUGGAAAUGGAAAAACACGCCAACUCUGAGCAAGGAACUCCUUUAAAAAUCAUGCAGCGGAACCUCAUGAGGUAGAAA